AUGGGCAGAGUGCAGGCAAAGAGUGAGGAAAAGUUAAGAAGGAAACUAGUACCUCUGUAAACGAAACUAAGGCACCGGGAUCAGGUGGCUCCGUUUGCGACUUGGAUCCUCUUACACCAUGGAGCCCACCAACUUGCAGAAAGCUAUACAAAUUGCGAACAAGGCUUCUCAAGAGGACCAGGCCGGAAACUAUGAGGAAGCCAUCCGUUUGUACCAGCAUGCAGUUCAGUUCUUCCUUCACAUCGUGAAACGAGAACCACAGGGUAAAGUUGGCAAUCAGAUGAUCAGAGACAAGUGCAAGGAGUACCUGGACAGAGUGGAGGAGCUAAGGGACUACUUUCAAAAGAAAGAGAAAGCCAUAGAUUUGGCGAGCAAAGCAGCCCAAGAGGACAAAGCGCAGAAUUAUGAUGAAGCCCUGCGCCUAUACCAGAGUGCCGUGCAGUACUUCCUACAUGUUGUCAAAUAUGAAGCUCAAGGAGACAAGGCCAAGCAGAGCAUCCGCGCAAAGUGUGCCGAGUACCUGGACCGUGCCGAGAAGCUGAAGGAGUACCUGAAAAAGAAGGAGAAGGCGCCUCCGUCCAAGCCCGUGAAGGAGAACCAGUCCGACGAUAAGGGAAACGAGAGCGAUGAUGGUGAUGACCCAGAGAAAAAGAAAUUCCAAAACCAACUCCAGGGGGCCAUUGUCAUGGAAAAGCCAAAUAUCAAAUGGAAUGAUGUCGCUGGAUUGGAGGGUGCAAAGGAGGCUUUAAAAGAGGCUGUCAUACUGCCGAUCAAAUUCCCUCACCUGUUCACAGGGAAGAGGACUCCCUGGAGGGGCAUUCUGCUUUUUGGGCCUCCUGGUACCGGGAAGUCCUACCUGGCCAAAGCCGUCGCCACAGAGGCCAACAACUCCACCUUCUUCUCCAUUUCCUCUUCAGACCUGGUGUCCAAGUGGCUCGGGGAGAGUGAGAAACUGGUGAAGAACCUCUUCACCCUGGCUCGGGAACACAAGCCAUCCAUCAUCUUCAUCGAUGAGAUCGACUCGCUGUGCGGCUCUCGGAGCGAGAACGAGAGCGAGGCUGCCAGGCGCAUAAAGACAGAGUUUCUGGUUCAGAUGCAGGGUGUUGGAAUCGACAACGAAGGAAUCCUGGUUCUUGGGGCCACGAACAUUCCCUGGACUUUGGACUCUGCCAUCAGGAGAAGGUUUGAGAAGCGUAUCUACAUCCCCCUGCCCGAGGAACACGCCCGCUCCUUCAUGUUCAAGCUGCAUCUGGGCACCACGCCCACCAGCUUGUCCGAGUCUGACUUCAUCACCCUGGGCAAGAAGACGGAAGGCUACUCAGGGGCCGACAUCAGCGUCAUCGUCAGAGACGCCCUCAUGCAGCCCGUCAGGAAAGUCCAGUCUGCCACACACUUCAAGCGGGUACGAGGGCCGUCGAGGGACGACCCCGAUCGCCUGGUGGAUGACCUUUUGACCCCCUGUUCCCCUGGAGACCCUCAAGCCAUAGAGAUGACUUGGAUGGAUGUGCCUGGGGAGAAGCUAUGGGAGCCACUUGUCUCCAUGUCGGACAUGCUGCGGUCUCAGGCAAGCACCAAGCCUACCGUCAACGACCAGGACCUGGAAAAACUGAAGAAAUUCACAGACGAUUUUGGGCAGGAGGGCUAAGGUCGCGGCUCUGCAAAACCAAAUUGGAUGGAUGUUGUUUGUGAAGCAGUUUUUCUGUCCUCUCUCAUCCUACCCUUGGGAUCAUAUCUUGGUUUUACUUCAAUCCUUUCCAUGCCUCUUUCCACACAGACAAGUGGUGACUAUUGUUGAACAUGGCUCAUCGAGUGUGUCAGAUGUACCAUUUAAUUGUCCUUAGUUACCAAUAGAGAAAUUAUAUUAAUUUUUAUUCUCCUUAGGCAACAUACAAAAAAGAUUUUAAUGGAUACCUUAAAACAUGUAAAGGUUGUUUGUCCUGAAACAGCUCAAAGCAGCAAUGCAUGCCGUUGUGCGGUUAUAGCCAGUUUCUUCAGCCCAGUGUAUUGGUACCCCUUUGGUGCUGUUGGUCAUUAAUUAAUCAGCUGGCAGCAACUGUAGAAGUAAGGUGCUGCAGCCUAGUUUGCUAACCACCUUAUUGCUGUGUAUUCUUGUAUUUCUACAGAACGGUAACCAGAUCUGUGCAUUGCAGUUUUAAGUUUGUUCAGAGGGAUCACGUGACAGUUGCAGGACCAGCUGCAAUUCUCGAUUUCAUCCAUUUAUUCUUUGGCAUGUUUUGUUCAUCGUUUCCUUUUCCCCUCACACUACUUAUGGAUUAUAUUUUGCUGUUCUCCUUCUGGCCACCACUGACAUGGUAAUGCCUUACUUGUGUGGGGGCGACCAAAGUAACCCCAAAAGGCUUUGGAAACAUUUUUCAAGUAUCCCCAAUUGUACAGUAAGCCUUAAGAAGGGCUUGAAAUGGAGAUGGCCUUGAAGCAGAUGAGAGCAUGAAAUCCUGACCUAGCAUGGCAGAAAAGAGGCUUUCUCUGCACCAUCUGUGAAGGCGUCCGUUUCUAGCAACGACAUACACACGUGCCUUUUGAUACAAAUGUCUAUAUUCUUUAUCUUUUUGUUUUUAAAUUCAAAGUUGAGAUCCAGAAAGAAACCUCUUCAUUAUGUGCAUUCGAUACUGAAAUAGUUUGGAAAUGGGAGAUGUUCGGUUAAUGUUUGCGCAUUUAAUUAUUCAACAUUACUCUAUAUUGAUUGUAUAUUGCUGUACUUCUAUGCACUUAACGGUGUUGGUUUUCCUAAGAAGAAAAAACAUACUAAAAUAAAUCCAAUAUACAGGAAUAAAAGAUUAUAGAACUUUUGCAACAUGGGUAUGUUCAGUCCUGCUUUACGAUUGGCUCUUAGCUUUGACCGUAAACAAGUGUCCCUUUUAUUAAAUUUUUACAUGAAGUCAGAAGUCACUGAAUUUGGCAAUAUUUUGUGAAUAAAUAUAUAAAUAUAUAUAUAUAACACUUGCAGGAAUGUGUUUCUCAAAGUUGAGGGCGGACUGGCUUGCGGUAGGAUUGAGUAGGAUUUGGUUAUUUUAUUAAAUCUCUUAGAAAUCUAUACAUACCUAAAGGGUUCCAUGGGGGAAAGUAUGUUUUAAGGGAUUUCAAAACUAUAGAAUUAUUUGGAUUUGCCUUGUUCCAUUUAUUUCUUGUAUAUGUAAAUAAAGAUACUAUUAUCGAAAA